GCUUCUUAGAAUACGGGUGGGGGACAAUAUCAACAUUGUUGGAACAGAGUAAUGACGAUAUAGCAACUGUAAUUUUAUACAAACAGAAGGCAGGACCCUUCAAUCGAAGAUGAUUUCUUUCUCUGAAGGCAGGCCCAACCAUGGGGAAGUCUCUGUUUUCCUUGCCAAAGCAAAAAGAGGAGCAGGAGAACCUGACUGAAAACACAGAGUCUCCCAUUGAGGACAAUAAACAUGACGUGUCACAGUUUCCAUAUGUCGAAUUCACAGGCAGAGACAGCAUCACCUGUCCUACUUGUCAAGGGACGGGGAGGAUACCUAGAGACCAAGAAAACCAGCUAGUUGCUCUGAUACCAUACAGUGACCAGAGGCUGAAGCCAAGACGAACGACAUUGUACGUGUCUUUAUCAGUCGUUCUGUGUCUGCUACUUUCUGGUUUGGCUGUAUUCUUCCUGUUCCCUCGAGCUAUUGAUGUCUCUUAUGUUGGGGUGAAGUCAGCCUACGUCACAUACGACCGAGACCAGCGGAUCAUUUAUCUAAAUAUCACGAAUACCCUGAACAUCACCAACAAUAAUUACUACCCAAUACACGUUGCCAACAUCACAGCACAGGUGCAGUUCUACAAGACUGUUAUCGGAAAGUCUGUUGUCAGUAAUGUCACCACUAUCACCCCCCUGGAUAUGCGUCAGGUUGAUUACACUGUUCCCACCAUCAUAGCAAAUGAGAUGAACUACAUAUUUGACUUCUGUACCAUGCAGUCAAUUAAAGUGCAUAACAUUGUUGUCAUGAUGCAGAUGACUGUAACUGUCUUGUACUUUGGCCACGUUGAGCAGGUGUCUCAGGAGAAGUACCUGUACGUGGACUGUGGCUCAAACACCACGUCUUCACGUUGACACAUGAGUGUGAUACAGUGACGCCCCUCCGUAUGACCCACAGUCCCUCAUGUUCCCAUGUCGUGAAACAAAAGCUUGUCCUGAGUGUUGCAAAUGGCAGAAGAUGAAGUCUGUACUGUAGGGUGACAACGUCAGGAUUGAUCAGCAAGUUUCAGCCAGAGCACUGAUGUCUUUCUACACCAUCAUUAUCGAUUCUUUAGCACAGCACUGAAGGUUUUGCUUGGAUAGACAGAAGCACUUUAGUACAUUUUGGGAGAAGGGAUGACAGCAGCAGAAUAUUUUACAUAGAGCUGCAAACACUCAAACCACUCCGUUACAAUUUUAUUUUUUCUUGUGCGUUUGUUUUGUUAAACAUGUUAAGCAGUGUGCUGCAAUUUCCAUUCAGUCAUGCUCAUUUUAUUGUUAUUUAUCUCUUUGCAGAGCAGGUACUCUUUUGAUUUUUUUGGACUAUGGUGUUAACAUACAACAACAUGCCAGCUUUCAGAAGUUCAUGAGUUUAUGGGAAUUUUGUAUUAAUCCAUAUUUUGGAUUUUUCCAACAUCUAAGUCUGCAGUAAUUAAAAAAAAAAAAAAAUUCCACAAUUUCUGUUCUAAGGGAAUGAAGGUCUAAACUACGUUUAAAAAACAAACUAAACAAAAUGAAGUGGGCCGUUCUGAGGCCAGUACAAAGCGGAACAUGAAUCAGGUGUCAUAAUAAAAUGUAUAUUAAAAUAAAUAUAAAUUUACCUCAGCAGGAGCCUAUGGAAUACCAUAUUAGUUAAGAAAAAAUUGAAUAAAAAAGAAGGAUAUUACUUUUUUAUUAUAAAAAUGGACUUCUGUUAAUUGUUCUUAAAGCAUUUCUUUUGUCCUAUUAGUCAAAUUCAACCAUAAUUUUUUUCGUGUUGGUGUAGAUCAUUGAUAACUUAGAUGUUUCUCGUUCACUUUAACCCUUUUGCUUGUCUUGUUUUGUUGGAAUGGCACUUUUACAUCAAAACCUUUUUAAAUGGUAUUUUAUUUAAAUGUUAUUUUAGGGAAAGGAUUUAUCAAUAAAUGAAAUUUCUUUGACGA